UGCUUUUUGCAUGAGACGUCAGAGUGAUUGUGAAGGUCGCGCGUCCAGAGGCUCAUCGCGAGGAGGACGAUGUCCGCGACCGCGAGCUUGAAGGAAUCAGACGGAGGAGGUCAGGACAUGGAGCCGCGCAAAACUUCAGUGUCAAGCCAUCCAUUCAGCGUGGAGUCUCUUAUAUCGAGCCACAAACCCAGAAAGGACUUUGAAAGAAGACGCGAGGAUGUUUCCAGUCAGUUUGCGAAGACUGAGAUCAGGGAUUCUUGUGGUUCGGCUGGAAUACCAAAGCACUUUAUUCAGACCUCACCCGUCAAAUCCGAGUCCCCUGAGCCGGAUGACUGCACUUCAUGGGUUAUGAACUCCAGGUUCUCUCAAACUCGCCAGGAAAGUGCCUGUCCUCUCCGCAAGCACAAGACCAACCGCAAACCCCGUACACCGUUCACCACCUCACAGCUCUUGGCCCUGGAGCGUAAGUUUCGGCAGAAACAGUACUUGUCCAUCGCAGAACGAGCCGAAUUCUCCAGCUCCCUCACCCUCACAGAGACCCAGGUGAAGAUCUGGUUCCAGAACCGACGGGCCAAGGCCAAGCGUCUGCAAGAGGCCGAGCUGGAGAAGCUCAAACUGACCGCCAAACCUGCCCUGCACCCCAACUUCAGUCUGCCUCUUCCUCUCGGGACGCAGCUUCAUUCGGCGGUCUCACUCUAUGGCCAGUCGUACCCCUUCCACAGGCCUUUAUUGCCCGUUGCUCCAAUGGGACUCUAUGGAACUCCUUUAGGGUACAGCAUGUAUCACCUGGCAUGAGGAAGUGCUGCGAUAUGGACUAGUAGUGCUCUGUGGAUGUACAAAAAGACCAGAAAGACAAUGUUUACAAUCACUGGGUGUCCGAAAAAAGCAACAACCAAAAAAUGAAAUCUGUCAUAAUGUGCCUUCACUCGCGCCUUAAAAGACCUGACGUGAAAAUCGGGACGUUUUACCUCACUUUUCACUGACUGAAAGAUCAAAUUUGACCCUGUGGAUGGAUAAUUCGGUUGCCAAACCUUGUGUGUAUAUUUGUGUUAUACAUCUUUAUGUAAUAUAUUGUCAAACUAAUUAUUUAGUGUACAAAAUAUUGUUUGAAUUCGACUACAUUUGAUGGGGGUUUUUAAUCCUGUAAAAAUGUUCAUCACGCAUUGUUUUUACUUAUCUAGAGAUUGUUGUCAUACCUGUAGCUAUUAUUGAUGGACCGUGAUUUCACC